CCCCGCAAACACCCCGCGCACGGAUGCAACGGAUGACGUCGGAGUGACUGAAUGUCAUUUGGGGCGUGAGUGAAAUUCUGUUUCCACAGUCCGUGUUCACUGCGGAGCGGGACUCGGGUUUGUUCAUUACAGAACCAAUGACCGGAAUAGUCUGAUAUCUUCCAUCCAUCAGUCAAGAUGUCAAAAAGGCCAUCAUACGCACCUCCCCCUGCCCCUGCCCCCACAACACAAAUGCCCAACACCCCAGGGUUUGUGGGAUACAACCCAUACAGCCAUCUGGCCUACAACAACUACAGGCUGGGAGGGAACCCAGGCAGCAACAGCCGGGUAACGAACUCAUCAGGAAUUGCGAUUCCAAAGCCACCAAAGCCCCCAGACAAGCCGCUGAUGCCGUAUAUGCGAUACAGCAGAAAAGUUUGGGACCAAGUAAAAGCCUCCAAUCCAGAUCUGAAGCUAUGGGAAAUUGGGAAGAUUAUCGGUGGCAUGUGGAGAGACCUCACUGAUGAGGAGAAACAGGAAUACUUGAAUGAAUACGAAGCAGAGAAGAUAGAGUACAAUGAGAACAUGAAAGCCUACCACAACUCCCCGGCCUAUCUGGCCUAUGUCAACGCUAAGAGUCGUGCCGAGGCUGCUCUGGAGGAGGAGAGCCGGCAGCGCCAAUCUCGCCUUGACAAAGGGGAGCCCUAUAUGAGUAUCCAGCCUGCUGAGGACCCCGAUGACUAUGAUGAUGGCUUCUCCAUGAAACACACCGCCGCUGCCCGCUUUCAGCGUAACCACAGGCUCAUCAGUGAGAUUCUCAGUGACAGCGUGGUCCCAGAUGUACGCUCUGUUGUCACCACUGCCCGUAUGCAGGUCUUGAAGCGCCAAGUUCAAUCGCUUAUGGUGCACCAGAGAAAGCUUGAAGCAGAGCUACUGCAGAUUGAGGACCGCCAUCAGGAGAAAAAAAGGAAAUUCCUCGAGACAACGGAGUCUUUCACCAAUGAGCUCAAGCGGCUGUGCAGCAUGAAGGUGGAGGUGGACAUGGAGAAGAUCGCAGCAGACAUUGCAGCCGCAGAGGAAGCGGCGCGGAAGCGGGCGGAGGAGCGAGAGAAGGAGACGGCGGAGCAGGCCGAGAGGUCAGCCAUUGUUCCUGCCUCUGAGGAGGAGCAGCAGGCCGGUGCUCUGCGAACCAAGCAGAGCCAAGAAAUGAGUGAUGAUGGCAGUGAGAAGAAGGAAGAGGAGGAUGAAGCUGCUGGUGCUGAUGCAGCAGAACCACAGGGGGCUGAAGUAUCUGAGAGCCAGCAAACCUCGCGUGAAACUUCCACCACCGAGAGCAAAGAUGACGGACCAGAGAGGGCUGAGAGCGUCACCGAGGAAGGGACCAGUGACAGUAACACGGGCUCUGAGAGUGUUCCCCCCGAAGAUCCUUCAUCGCUGGAGCCAGUUGCUGUGGGGCUGAACAGCAAGCCUGAAUGAUGUGCAUGUGUCUGUGUGUAUGUAUGUCUGUGUGAUUCCUUCCAACUGGUGUAUCCCACAUUAUUCACAAAAAUGUGCACAUGCCUUUUAGAUUGACCAUUAUUUUCCCUGUAAGCAGUUCAGUAGUUACCCCUCAUGUUACAAUUGUCUUAUUGAAAUUCCAUAAUGUUGAUGUUUUUAUUUGUGUUACGUGUGUAAAUUUACGCUCAUUCAAUUUUAUACAGGCAGAGAAUGUCGUCCUGUUGCAAAUCAAGUGUUUUGGACCAGGCCUAAUGGAUUUAACUUGCUACUAAGUUACCUCAUCUCCAGAAUUUAUGAAUAUAAUUAAAUUUAUUGGUCUUUGAUCUAGACUUCUCUGCCUUUUUAAACGUAAAGUAACUUAAAGUAGUAUUUGUGGGCUAGUACAUUUUGGUAUUUCCAAAUGUCAUUGGGUUGACCGUCAAGUGUAAUGGUGCAUAUUUACUACAGUACAUUUUUUAUGCUUGUCAAUUAAACCCAUGAUAACUUCAAAUAAAGUAGUUUUUGACAA